AUGAGCAAAGCCCUGAGCCGAGGGGCAGCCAGCCUUGUGCUCGCUUAUGGUUGCGGCGGCAGGCUGCGGCGCAGCGGCGUGCGCGCUCGGCAUGCGCGCUCAUCGCCCCGCGUGGCUGCCACUGGCACGCUUGAGGCCGCUGCCGCCGCCAGCCUGCGCUGCAGCACUGGCAUUGCCGGCAGCGCCCACGCCGCGGUCAACACCAGCGCCGCGGCCGCUGUCAAGCCGGACGGCAACGCGCAUGACGGCAGCACAGACUGCUCAGAUGCGGACGCCUGCCACAUGCGGCGCGCGCUCGCGCUCGCGCGCCGCGCCUUCGAAGCCGGAGAGGUGCCUGUCGGCGCAGUCGUCGUGGAUGACCAGGGUUCAGUCGUCGCCGAAGCACACAACAUGACAGAGGCGACCCAGAACCCACUAGCCCAUGCCGAGCUGGUCGCCAUCCAAGCGGCCGCCGCCGCCGUCGGCGGCUGGCGCCUCGCGGGCUGCACCCUGUACGUUUCGCUCGAGCCGUGCCCCAUGUGCGCCGGCGCGAUCCUGAACGCGCGGCUGCGGCGCGUGUGCUACGGCGCGCGCAGCCCGAGGGUCGGCGCCGAUGGCGGGUGGAUUCGCAUGCUGCCGCCUUACCCAGCAGCGGCCGCAGCAGAGGGCGCAACGGCAGGCGGUAGCGGCGGUUGCUGCGAGCAACACCAGCGGGGGGACCACCCGCAGGUGUUGCAGCAGCAGCAGCCGCCGCAGCAGCAGCAGCGGCAACGGCAGCACCAGAAGCAGCAGCACGAGCCGCCGCAACGGCAGCAGCAGCGCGGCGAAUCUGGGGAGCCUUGGGACGCCUUCGCAGCUGUCGACGGCGCGUUCGGCGCAGCCGCGAUCCGGCCUCUGGGCCCCCACCCGUUCCAUCCGGCCUUGGGGGUGACCCGCGGCCUCUUGAGGGACGAGUGCGCCGAGCUGCUGCGCGCGUUCUUCAGGCGGCGGCGGCACGAGGCGGAGGAGCGGCGGCGGUUGCUAAUGCAGGUGCAGCGGACGAGCAGCGACGACGAGGAGGCGUAG